ACUUCAGAGGUGCUAGUAACAGGAGCAUCUGGAUACCUGGCUAGUCAUGUUGUUAAGAUUCUUCUUCAAGACGGCUAUUCAGUAAGGGGCACUGUGAGAAGUUUGAAGAACCCCCAAAAGGUAGAGCCACUGAGAGAUAUUGAGAGGGCUUGCCCAGGUUGUCAGCCAUUGGAUUUGGUUGAGGCUGACCUCCUGAAUGCUGAAUCUAUCAAUAGAGCUGUCGAAAGCUGCGAGUAUGUAAUUCAUGUGGCCAGUCCGUUCCCGGUGGCCGAGCCCAAAUCAGAGUCAGAGUUAGUGAAACCAGCAGUCGAGGGAACGAUGAGUGUGCUGCAGGCAUGUCGUCGUCACGGUGUCCGCAGAUUGGUGCUCACUAGCUCCAUUGUCUCUGUCAUUGGUGAUUUCGCCACAUUUCCGGCAAACAAAGUAGUGACAGAAGAAUGUUGGGGCUCUCCCGACGUCAAGGAUGCUUAUUUCAAAAGUAAAAUCCUCGCCGAGAAAACUGCCUGGGACUUUGUGAACAAUCUACAUGAUACAGAUAAGUUUGAACUAGCAGUCAUCAAUCCUGGCCUGAUACAAGGACCGCCAUUGUGUGGUGGAGAUGCCACCAGUUUUGAGAAAAUGUUGGAAAGGGAGAUGCCUAUAUUGCCGAAGUUUAACGUGUGUGUUUGUGACGUGCGUGAUGUGGCCCUAGCGCACGUGAGGGCUUUAACUGUUCCUGAAGCUGCAGGUCACCGUCAUAUCAUAUCUACUGGCUCCUAUUGGCUGAGAGAUUUGGCUAUCAUUUUGAGGGAGGAGUUUUAUAAAUAUGGUUACAACGUUCCGACAACAAACAGUCCAAAUUUUCUAAUGUGGAUGGCCUCUUUCUUCGAUAAGGUGGUCAGUAGAUUGCUGCCCAUGUUGGAUAAGUACAUGGAUGUCAAUAAUGAUAGGAUGGUGAAAGUUCUAGGGGUGAAACCUACCCCCAUAAAGCAGACGAUGGUCGAGAUGGGGCACGCCCUCAUACAGAAAGGCUUCAUAAGGAAGACAUCAAAGUAUGACCCAAGACCCCAAUCAAAAUUGUGA